CCCAAAAAAAAAAAAAAUCAAUAUUUUUAUACAAUUGAAACUCUACUCAUCCAUCAGUAAUGGCGAAUCUCUCUUCUGAUUUCCAGACAUAUACGAUGGAUGAUCCCAUAACACAACUAGCAGAACUCAGCAACACUCUUCAUCACUUCCAAACAUUUCCUCCUUUCUCUUCUCCUCUCGACUCUCUCUUCUUUCAUCAUCAAAUCUCAAAUCAUUUUCCCGGAAAAACUCCUGAGAAUGAUUUUAAUCAUCAUCAUCAAGGGAUUUUUUUACCUUCUAAUGCUCAUAACAACGAAGAGUCUUCAUCAAAGGUCGAUACGAAGAAGAGAAAAACAUUUAUGGAAGCUGUGUCUACUUCGGAGAACAGUGUCUCUGAUCAAACUCUUUCUAGCUCUUCUGCUGCUCAAGUUUCCCUAAAUGGAAAACUUUUGACCAAAAAUAGUUCGUCUUCAAAGAGAGGGAAGAGGUCUAAGAAUAGAGAAGAAGAGAAAGAGAGAGAAGUUGUUCAUGUUAGAGCCAGAAGAGGCCAAGCCACUGAUAGCCACAGCAUAGCAGAGCGGGCUCGGCGAGGAAAAAUAAACGAGAGAUUGAAAUGCUUGCAAGAUAUAGUCCCCGGAUGUUAUAAGACAAUGGGAAUGGCUACUAUGCUGGACGAGAUAAUCAAUUACGUCCAGUCAUUGCAAAAUCAAGUCGAGUUUUUAUCUAUGAAGAUUACAGCAGCAAGUUCGUAUUAUGACUUUAACUCGGAAACUGAUGCUGUGGAGUCCAUGCAGAGGGCAAAGGCACGUGAGGCAGUGGAGAUGGGGCAAGGAAGGGAUGGGAAUCCUGUCUUCCAUUCAUCAUCAUGGACCCUUUGACUUUUGUUUUUUGCUCUCCUUUUUUUGUCUUUCUAAUUUUAUCCUUUUUUGGAUUUACAAAAAAAAAAAAAAAAAAAACUUUAAAAUAUUAUUCAAAAUUCUCGAUGCCAUAUAAGUAUGUACCCAAAUAUGUAUACUUGUGUAAUUUCGACAUUACAAAUACAUAUAGUGCCUAGAGAUUGCAAUUCAA